AAUUGCACCACGAUUUUAUUGCUCAAAUCCCGGAUUCUUUUCUUUUUGCAAAAUAUUUAAAAAUGUCUACCGAAGAGAUUCCAAUUACACCUAUUAAAGACUUGGAGAAUAUUAUCCUUACAGACCUUAAAGAUAAUUCCACAUUUAAGGCUAGUUCUCUUUGGCAAGAUAGCCCUGCCUUGGUUCUAGUCGUUCGACGUCCUGGAUGUCAGUUAUGUCGUGAGGAAUCUAUAAAGAUUGCUUCUUAUCGUGAUCUUAUUUCGGACAAAAUGGGUGUUAAAAUGGUAGCAAUAGUGCAUGAGAACCUAGAUAAUGAAGUUGAAGAGUUUAACAAAGGAUAUUGGAAUGGACUACUAUAUUAUGAUAAAGAGAAAUCGUUCUUUACUCAUAUUGGCGGGAAUUUUAAAGGAGAUGGUUCAGUUCUGGGUGGUGUAUAUAUUAUUCAUCAAGGCUCAAAAGGUGUAGAGUAUCAAUAUCGAGAAAAAGUUUGGGGAGAUCAUGCUCCUUUUGAUCAAGUCUUAACUGCCGUGAAAAAUGUUUCUACAAAGAAAGAUGACCCUGUUGCUAUGACUGCUCUUCAAGAAACUUUGGAAAAAGUAAAGAAAGGUGAAAUCUCAUUUAAUAAGGUUCUUAAUUCAGGUCCCAGUUGUACGGUUGAUGGGCAAUGUGCUUAA